AUGAAGUCUUUCACUCUUGCUUCUGCUUUCCUCGCCGCUGCGGCCGUUGCCCAGCCCCACGGCAGCCCUCACGGAGUCCACCACCGCCGUCACCACCAGAACGACAAGCGUGAUGUCGUCACUGAGGUUGAGUGGGUUACUGAGGUCGAGUACGUUACCAAGAUGGUCGAUGCCACCACCACCGUCUGGGUCCGUCCUGAGGCCGCCACCUCUGCUCCCGCUGUAGAGGAGACCCCCGAGGCUGAGCCCACCACUGCUGCUCCCAAGAAGGAGAAGAAGCCUGCUCCUCCUCCCGCUCCUACCACCACCAUGGUUACCAGCGUCUACACUCCCCCUCCUCCUCCCCCUGAGCCCACUACCGAGGCUGAGGUUGCUCCUGAGCCUACCUCUGAGGCCCCUGCUCCCGUUGAGACCACCCAGGCUCCUGCUCCCAAGCCCAUCAUCAAGGCUCCCGUUGUCAAGGCCCCUAAGAAGGAGCCCGAGCCUGAACCCACCGUUGAGGCCGAGCCUGAGGUCGAGUCCCCCGUCGUCAAGGCCCCCAUCCAGCAGGAGAAGGUUGCUAAGCCCGCAUCUGGCGGCGGCUCUUCUUCCAAGUCUGGAGAGUUCACUUACUACGACAUUGGCCAAGGUGCUUGCGGUGAGGACGACUCUGGCAAGGACGACUCUAUCAACAUUGUCGCUCUCUCUCACCUUCUGAUGGGCCCCUCCUCCAACGACAACCCCAUGUGCGGCAAGACCAUCACCAUCAAGGCCAACGGCAAGACUGCUCAGGCUAUCGUCGCUGACAAGUGCAUGGGAUGUGCCAUGAACGAUAUCGAUGUCAGCCGCAAGGUCUACAUGGAGAUCUGGGGCAGCCUCGACUCUGGCCGCACCGAGGUCGAGUGGUGGUUCAACUAA